UGUUUGUCAUAUAUGUCUCGUGAGAUUUUCUCUUCUCAUAAACCCUUUAUCUCUAAACCCUGCGCUCUAAUCCCACUGCGUGUUUUUCAAUGGCACGCCUCAUUCGAUCCCUCGCGAAACCCCUAACCCUAACCCUAACUCACCAACACCAACAACUAUGUAUUUCUCGUUACCUAUCCCCAAGAACUUACAUAUCAGACAUGCGCAAAUCAGCUUUCGAAGGAUACAUUUUGAGACUCCUCCGAUCUGAGAUUCAGUACGAGCUCCAAUCCUCUCCUCCCAACAACCCUGUUACCAAAUUCAAUUCCUUCAUGGUGGAUGGCCGAGGUGGGGAGCGAUGGAUUACGUUGAGGAGACAAUAUGCUGAUGAAGAUAUCAAACUUGAAGCCACCAUGUUUGAUGGAGCAGUUCCUGCUCCAAGUAAAAAUGGCGGUGUGGCUAAUUCAGAUGAAAUGCAAAUGCACAUUACUGUAAUUGUCACCAUCUCCAAGGGAGAAGGUGCUGGUGGUGUGUUGGAAUUCAUGUGCUCUGCUUGGCCUGACAGUAUAGAGAUUAAAAGGCUGUUCAUUCGUACGAAUGAGAAGAUGAUCGCUGAGCCCUAUGCCGGUCCUGAAUUCACGGAAUUGGAUGAUGGGUUGCAAGACAGCCUUUAUGAUUUCUUGGAAGUAAGGGGUGUUGGUGAUGAACUUGCUGUUUUCUUGCAUCAGUAUAUGAAACAAAAGGAUAAAGCGGAGUUGGUGGGAUGGAUGGAAAGGGUUAAGGCUUUUAUUGAAAGGAAAUAAGGGCGUUGUAAUUUCAAUGUUCUGGAUUAGAUAAGCUAUUGAAUCACUUCUCUUAUGUGUUUUGUCACUGAAGUGUGAAUCUAAGCAAGUACACAUUUUUGUUUUUUGUUGACAAAGGUUUAGAUUUGUAGUUAGAUUUUGUGGAAACUGUGUAACAUUGGAAAUGGCUGUAUUGUAAUUGUUGUUUUUGCUCCGGAUUCCACCUCAGAAAAAAAAAAGUAGUGAAUUGCGGCAUUUUUAAUGGAAUAUUUUUCUCCUCUUCUGUAGAUUUUGCAUGUUUAUUCACUUCUAUGACAUUGAUUUCAACUUUCCAAUCUGUAAACAGUGACACAUAAUGUUUGAUUACUAGUUUCCUACAGCUGAAUAAUAGAUGCAAUUAUUUUUGAGCUUGUUUCAAAA